ACAAACAGCUUCACUUCUCCCUACGAAGCGCGACAUAGAGAACUGGCCUCCUCUUAAUAACCCCAAAAAAGAUUCCCAGAUAUGCCCGCCACGUUAGCAUCAGAUUACGGUGACCGGAGUUCCGAUCUCCGGUCACCGCUGAUAGAACCAGGAAAGGAAGCCCAACCCAAAUCGGAAUCCGAGAAGAUCUGCAUCGACGACAUGCUGCUGAGGCACUGCGGCGAGUUCGGGCCGUGGCAGCUGAAGCACUUCGUGCUAACGAGCCUGGCUUGGGCGCUGGAGGCCUUCCACACCAUGGUCAUGAUCUUCGCCGACCGCGAACCGGCUUGGAGGUGCACCGCCGUGUCCGGCUGCGACGCCUCUGCGAGCAGCGUCUGUGGGCUCGACCCGGGCUCGUGGGAGUGGGCCGGCGGCUCGGGAAGCUCGACGGUGGCGGAGUGGGGGUUGGUUUGUGGAGACAAGUACAAGGUUGGGUUGGUUCAGGCCUUGUUCUUUGGCGGCUGCAUGAUAGGUGCUGGGAUAUUUGGCCAUCUUUCAGACUCCUUCCUAGGAAGAAAAGGCUCCCUAACAGUAGUUUGUAUCCUAAACGCUGUCUUCGGUUGCUUGACAGCCUUUUCCCCAGACUACUGGACCUAUGUCUGUCUUCGGCUCCUAACUGGUUUCAGCACAGGCGGUGUUGGCCUUUGUGCUUACGUCCUAGCCACCGAACCUGUCGGCCCCACGAAGCGCGGGGCUGCCGGGAUGUCCACAUUCUACUUCUUCUCAACCGGAAUUGGGUUACUCUCCGGCAUAGCCUACGUUUUCCGAUCAUGGCGUACUCUAUAUAUUGCUUCCUCCAUCCCCUCCCUUCUCUUCCUCGUCACCGUCCUUCCUUUCAUCUCUGAGUCUCCGAGAUGGUACCUCGUUCGAGGAAAAGUGAAGGAGGCCAUGAAACUCAUGCACUCCAUUGCUAAAUCCAACGGAAAACACCUUCCUGAUGGGGUUAUGUUGGCGCUGGACGAAGAAGUGAAUAACUGUUCAAGCUAUGAGCAAUUAGAAACCAAAGAAGCAAUAAGCGGGUCUCUAGUAGAUGUGGUUCGCUUAAAAAUCACUCGCAUCCGUCUAUUUCUCAUCGUCGCCAUUAAUUUCUUGUGCUCUGUUGUGUACUACGGUCUUAGCCUUAACGUUGUCAACCUUGAAACAAAUCUCUACCUCAACGUGCUCCUUAACGCAGUGGCGGAAAUGCCAGCUUUUACAAUCACGGCAGUUUUGCUGGACAGGUUUGGAAGGAAGCCGUUGGCAAUAGGGACGUUAUGGUUUAGUGGGGUUUUCUGCCUCUUGGGGAGCUUAGUGAGCAGCGUUGGGAUGUGGAAGGUAGUGAGGAUGGUUUGUGGGGUAUUGGGGAUCUUUGGGAUGGCCGGGACUUACAACUUGCUGUUUAUUUAUGCCGCCGAACUGUUUCCGACGGUGGUUAGAAACGCAGCGCUAGGAUGUGCAACACAGGCUGCUCAAAUGGGAGCGAUAACAGCACCGUUUGUGGUGGUUUUGGGUGGUGGCUUGCCGUUUCUGGUGUUCGGAGUGUGUGGUACCGUGGGAGGGAUACUUGCUUUUUACCUGCCGGAGACAUUAAAUAAACCCCUGUAUGACACUAUGGCAGGAAUGGAGGAUAAGGAAAGUGGCAAUUGCACUAGUGUUUGAUGGUGUUCAUACAUUUUUUCUUUUCCUUCUCUGCUUUUACAAAGAUGACUAAUUAAGCAAUAUAAGCCUCUCAUAACUACAUGUUUAUCUUCU